CUAGGAUUUCAAUUCCUGCUGCAGGUGGAGAAAGAGCAAACGGAGGAGGAGAAGAAAUGGCAGGGAGCGUCUGUUUAUGCUUGAAAAUAUUUCCGAAUUCGGCGUUGUUGAGGCGAACGGAGUCGCAAACUCCUUUAACAAUUCAGCUUACCAGCGGUAGCGGCAGCUCCUCCUCCCCUUCGUGUAUUUCAUGGUUUAGCGGUAGUUCCAAGGCGAAUCGACUCAUUUCGUUAUCUCGUAGCAGAAGAAAACACGGAAGUUCUUCAUACGUCUUGGCUUCUUCCUCUUCUCCUUCUCCUUCUCCUUCUACCUCCAGAUCUAAAACCAGACUCUAUGUCAGCGGGCUCUCUUUCCGCACCACUGAAGAGAGUUUACGAAAUGCCUUCAAAAUUUUUGGCCAACUCGUGGAGGUCAAUUUGGUCAUGGACAGCAUAGCUAACAGACCAAGAGGAUUUGCUUUCCUGCGGUAUGCCACAGAGGAAGAAUCUCUAAAAGCUAUUGAAGGAAUGCAUGGAAAGUUUUUGGACGGGAGGGUAAUCUUUGUGGAAAUUGCAAAACGCAGAUCAGAGCUCCAUCGAGGGUUUGGAACAACUGAAGACCAUAUCUAAGGGCUAGAAAUGGCAUUGUUUAUGAAGAAGCAUAGUUCAGAUCGAGUCGCCUUCGUUUUAAGUUGAUUCUAUGCUGUUAAUCUAGAAGACAAGGUUAGAAUUCUUUUUUUUUUUGGGCACUUCAUCUACUAUGGCAUAUAUUCGCUGUAAAAUUUUUAAUCUUAGAUUUCCAGUUUGACAGUCUUGAUUCCCGUGACAUAAAUAUGGUACUUGUUGGAACGAUAGAAUUCAA